AUGCAUCAGUUUGCAGCACUGCAACUCCUCAGCCUUCUGCUGGCCUGCGGCACCAUCGGCGCCCUGCAGUCGCCGCCGACCAUGAUCAAACAGCCGCCACAUGAGCAGCUCUUUGAGGUGUUCCAAAACUCGGACACUGAACAGGCUGAGCGGCCAUUCGUGCUGGAGUGCGAGGCAAAGGGCAACCCCGAGCCGACGUAUACCUGGAAGAAGAAUGGCAUGGACUUCAGCUACGUUGCCUACGAUAAGCGCAUCACUCAGCAGCCUCGUCGAGGCUCCCUCGUCUUCACUAAGCCUCAAGCCAUGGACGAGGGCCUCUACCAGUGCUUUGCUGAAAACAAACACGGCCGCUCUGUGUCUAACGCCGUGUUCCUCAAGAAAGCAGAGCUAAACGCUUUCUCAAACGACGAAAUUGACAACGUUCACGCAGUAGAGGGUGAGCCGCUGACCAUUCCCUGCAACCCACCGACAGGCUACCCCAAGCCGCAAAUCUUUUGGAUCAUUCAGUCCAACUCUGGAGCGCUGAUAAACGGAAUCAACAGCUCUAGACUUUCCGUUGACCCGGAAGGGAACCUCCACUUUUCCAAUGUCACCCAUAAGGACAUGCUCACUGAUGCUCUCUACGCCUGCAGUGCUACCUCAACCUUCAAAACCACCUACAGGAUAGGCAGAAGGACGCACCUUCUCGUGGAGCCUUCAGGAACCAGCGGUCAGACUAGCUUUCAGCCCAUCAAGCAGUACACAUCACCGCCAAAUGUGCCUGCCAUUAAGGGAAACAAACUGGAGUUGUUCUGCAUCUACGGUGGUACUCCUUUGCCCGAAAUUAGAUGGGAAAAGCGAAACGGUCGAAUUAGAGACACCGUUCGGCGAACGAAUUACGGAAAAACAUUAACUUUCGACAAGGUGGAAUUUGCCGAUGAAGGAACCUACGAGUGUGUUGCCAGCAAUGGUGCGGGCUCCAUUCAAACCCACGCAAUGGAGGUGGUCGUCAAGUCAGUUCCCUACUGGAUUGAGGCUCCUAACAACACUAACGCCGCCGAUUCGGAGAGAGUUCGCUUCAAAUGCAAGGCUGACGGCAUCCCCAAGCCGAAGCUGCAGUGGUUCAAAAACGGCGAACCCUUCACUCCCAACGAUCGAGUUCGCGUUAACGAUGAUGAGCUUAUUAUUGAGAACGUCCAGGAGAUCACUGACACUGCCGUCUACCAGUGUAACGCAUCCUCGGUCAACGGUUACGCUUUCCGUGACUUUUACCUUAACGUGCUUAAGCUGCCCCCGGAAAUCAUUGACCCGCCGGAGAAGGAGACGAAAGCCGUCGUCACGUCGAACGUGGUCCUCAAGUGUCGCGUCUUCGGAGCGCCCAAACCUGAUGUUAAGUGGCAGAAGGACGACACGCCGCUGAAUGGCGCCAACUACGAGAUCAUCAACGACGGUGAUCUGCGCAUCAAGAAUGUUCUGGUCACUGACCAGGGCAACUACAAGUGCAUCGCCACCAAUCGGUUCGGCACCAAAUUUGCCAGCGGAGAGCUCAAAGUGAAAGGAAAGACAAAGAUCAUUCAUGCGCCAGAGAACUAUGAGGUUGCGGCUCGGAAGACGGCAGUCUUUCGCUGUAACGCCGAGUCCGACCCGAGUCUGGACAUGAAGAUUCAAUGGGCAUUCAAUGAGCGACUCAUUGACACUGCCCACGACCCUCGAAUAGUGCAGGCCACCGACCACUCGCUGACCAUCACCACCACCAAGGAGCUGGACUCGGGCAUCUACACCUGCAUCGCCAGCACUGACCUCGACUCGGUGAACGCCUCAGCCACGCUCACCGUUCAGGACGUGCCCAACCCGCCUAAAAUCAUCGACGUCGACUGCAACGGUCUCACUGCCAUGGUCGAGUGGGCGCCCACGGGCGACAACCGCGCGCCCAUUCUCACGUACGACAUUCAGUACAACACCUCCUUCCAGUCGGACAACUGGCAGAACUCCUUUGUCAAUGUUCCCGCGCCGGACACCAAGUUCAAGGUGGCCAUGAGUCCCUGGGCCAACUUCACCUUCAGGGUCAUUGCCAAGAACAAAAUUGGCAUGAGUGAGCCCAGUGCUCCGUACGGCUUCUGCACCACCAAGGAGGACGUGCCCUACAAGAACCCGGACAAUGUGGUUGGUCGUGGAGAGUCGCCGGGCAACCUAGUCAUCCGGUGGACGCAGAUGACGCCCAUUGACCACAAUUCGGAGGGCUUUCUCUACAAGGUCUUCUGGAAGCGGCACGACAUCAACAAUGAGCCGUGGAGCAGUCGGGUGAUCAACGACUGGCGGCAAAACUUCUUGGUCAUUGAGAACCAGCCGACCUUUAAGCCAUAUCGCAUUCGAGUGGAGGCACACAACCGGCGAGGACCGGCGCACAUCACCGCCAGCGAGGUCGUUGGCUGGUCAAGCGAGGCAAAGCCGUUGAGGGCGCCAGAGAACUUUCGCCUUCUUGAAAUUCGAGACCACAAAUCGGCGCUGGUCGAGUGGGAUCCAGUACCCAAGGACAGUGUUCAAGGACACUUUGAGGGCUACAAAAUUUUGACGCAUGCUGUGGGAGAUGACGAGAAGAUGGUACGCGAAGUGAAGAUCCCACCGAACAUUUCAAAGUCACUGGUGCAGAUAUUCAAACCAAACUCGCGGAACAUCGCCAAGAUUGUCGUCUACAAUACGAUGUACAUGAGUGACCCUUCCAAUGAAAUUGUCAUCAUCACGCCCGAAGGAGUGCCCGGACCUGUGGCAUCAUUUGAGGGCAUCCCAAUGGGCUCCAAUGCCAUUUACCUCUUCUGGUCACCGCCUGAUGAGCCGAAUGGUAAAAUCACUGGCUACCGAAUUUUCUACGAGACAGUUGAGGGAACUGAGUUGGGCACCAAGCAGGAGCGAUUUCCGCACAUUGAAGACCCGAAGAUAACGGGCGUCAAGUUGGGCACUCUUCGAUCAGGCACCAAGUACCGCGUGACAGUGCACGCAGUUACCAAAGUUGGCAUGGGAGAGCCCUUCUUCAUUGAGCUGGAAACAAAGGGCGAUGAUGCGGCAGGAAUCCCUGACAAGCCCAUCUUUGACGUGAACCACGUUCGUGGCAACGACGGCACUGACCACGUAAAGAUCACCUGGUAUCCAAACUCAUCGAAAGUGCCUGGCAGCAACUUUUAUGUUCAGUAUCGUCUUAAAGGAACGAACACAUUCUUCAGCACGCCAAGAGAUGAAAACCAAGAAUCGACCAUUGUGUACAUCAGUGGACUGGACUCUGAGAAAACCUAUGAGUUCCGCAUAGUUGCCGUCGAUGGAAAGUACGAGACACCGAGCGAACUGAAAGAGAUUACGCCUAGUGGCGCAUUUGGUUUAGAUCCAGUGGGCCAUUUAGCCAACUUUGCUCCAUGGUUCAUUGGAAUGAUGUGCGCCAUUGCGCUGAUUAUCGUGGUCGUUGUACUAGUCUGCAUUGUCAAGAGGAAUCGAGGCGGCAAAUAUUCAGUGCACGAGAAGGAGGUGGCCCAUGGCAAGGAUGACUACGAGGAUGCAGGCUUCAAUGAGUACAACAAGCCACUGUCGGCGCCCUACCGAGGCAGUCGACAGUCGCUGAGCAGUAGUCUGCACCACCCGGAGAGUGACGAGGACUCCAUGGCUGACUAUGAGGGCGACAGCUCCAAGUUUGGCGAAGACGGCUCUUUCAUUGGCGAAUACGGUAAGGCGUUCUCACUGUGA